AUGAGUUUGAUGUCGAACGUUGAGUUGAUAAUCAUAGCUUUAGUGGUUGUGGGUAUCAGCAAGUGGUUGCACCGAUGGUAUAACCCAAAAAUUAAGUGCAAUGGCAUGCUACCUCCGGGGUCAAUGGGCUUUCCGAUCAUCGGAGAGACAAUUGAAUUCUUUAAGCCUUGUGGACAGCUCGAGAUCCCACCCUUUUUUCAGAAGAGGAUGCUAAGGUACGGCUCGUUGUUUCGGACCAACAUUAUGGGUUCCAAGACGGUGAUCUCGACAGACUCAGAUGUUAUCUUCGAGAUUUUCCGGCAAGAGAAUCAGUCGUUCGUGCUUAGCUAUCCGGAUAUUUUUGUCAAGGUUAUUGGAAAAGAUAACUUGUUCUUCAAGACAGGGAACAUCCACAAGCAUAUUAAGAAAACAACCAUGCAUCUUAUUGGCUCGGCAGGUUUGAAGCGAAACAUGAUAGGAACCAUGAACCAAGCAACCCGCGAGCAUCUUAGAUGGAAGGCUAGUGAAGGCGCAUUCGACCUUAAGGAUGCAGUUUCAAACUUGAUAACGUCGUACAUGACACCGAAGCUGAUAAGUAACCUCAAACCAGAGACUCAAACAAAGCUUAUGGAUAAUUUCAAGGCCUUCAAUAUCGAAUGGUUUCGGUCACCCUUUGAUCCAUCUACCUGGAAGAUUAUAUACAAAGUCCAUAAGGCACGCAGAGACGCGACCGAAGUGAUAAAGGAAGCUCUCAAGAAGAGGAAAGAGUCGAGAGAAAAACAUGGAGACUUCCUCGAUACACUACUAGAGGACAUGGAGAAAGAAGGCAGCAUUUACGACCAAGAGUCAGUUAUAAGCCUCCUUUUAAUAAUUGGAGCCAUCUCUAAAGAUAGUACCUCUUUCACUACUGCCUUGACCGUGAACUAUAUAUCCAAAAACCCAAAAGUGCUUGCGGAGCUCAAGAAAGAACACGAGGCGAUCCUACAAAAGAGAGAAAAUAAGGAAGCUGGAGUUAGCUGGGAAGAAUACAAAAACAACACGACUUUCACCAGCAUGGGGAAAGAUUUGCGGUCAGGAUCGAAAACUUUGAUGGUGUUUGGAGGUGGAAUGAGACAGUGUGUGGGAGCAGAUUUUUUGAGACUUCAGAUGACAGUCUUCCUUCACCAUCUUGUAACAACUUAUGAUUUCUCGGUGGUCCAAGAAUGUCAGAUGAUUCGUACACCAUUACCUUGCCUCACCAAGAACCUGCUUAUAAACAUCUCCCCAAAGUCUCCCAAGUGA